UCUGUUUUUUUUAGGACUUAUAAGGAGGCUAUGAAAAUUUCCCUGAAGAUAAACAAGCUGGUGACAGGCUGUGCCUGCUGUUCAUAACUUGUGAUAUUAGAUUUGUUGGAGCUCAGAGAGCCACAGUAUGUAUAGGUUAUGCGCUGUUAUCGUGUGCUGCGCGGUUUUCUCACGGGGGUUUGCGGCACCUAAGUCCUUAGGUGAAGAUCCAAGGUUUCAACUUGAAAGCAGCGUAGAGGAAACUGACGGGCUGCAAGAGGAGAUUGAGGGUCAAGAGAGCAUCAUUUCAAAGCUGCUGGGUGAUUAUGACAAAGUGAAAGCCCUCUCGGAAGGCUCUGACUGUCGGUGUAAAUGUGUUGUCAGACCCCUGAGCAGGAGCGCCUGUCGGCGGAUAGAAGAAGGGAGCGCCACCGCGCAGGACUUCUACACGGUGGAGACUAUCACCUCAGGACCACAGUGCAAGUGCGCCUGCAUCGCUCCUCCGUCAGCGGUCAACCCAUGCGAGGGAGAGUUCAGGCUUAAAAAACUUAGGGAAGCUGGAAAAGAAAAUGUCAAGCUGCCCACCAUCCUUGAGCUGCUGGAGGGCUCUUUCUAUGGAAUGGAUUUACUGAAGCUGCACUCCGUUACCAGUAAGAUCCUAGAUCGUGUGGAUUACAUCGAAAAGUUGCUGUCAUCCUUCUUGGAGUUGUCAACUGCGUUAGCCUCUGCGAAGACAAACAGAAAGUAUAUUGGCUUCUUAUAGUACUGAUAGCGUACACAGUAUGGAUUCUUUUGAAUGAAAUCUGGGUCUCUGAACGCAAUGUUCGGAAAAAAAAGAAACUGCACAAAAAUAGAAGAGGUGACUAACAGUAUAUGUUAUAC